GGCUGGGAGCACGGAGGGCACCCAAGGCUAGGGAAUCUGUUAAAUUAGAGCUUGCCCUUUCUACUAAAAGUGUUGCCCGGGAUUUUAAGGGGCGAAAUAUGCACAGAUCGGAGUAAGGACACGCAUCACUUGCACACGCGGAUCAAUAUCCCUCCAACACGUUAAACUGACUCACGAGCCGGUAGAGGGCUGAAGAUGGCAAGAAUGAGAAUUCAACUGGUGUGCAUGAUCCUGCUGGCUUUCACCUCCUGGAGUCUGUGCUCAGAUUCAGAAGAGGAAAUGAAAGCGUUAGAAGCAGAUUUAUUGACCAAUAUGUAUACAUCAAAGCUUAACAGAGCGAAACUUCCUUACUGGAAGAUGACCCUGCUCAAUGUGUGCAGUCUUAUAAACAACAUAAACAACCAAGCAGAGGAAACAGCGGAGUCUGAGGAAGAUGACCUCCUUCCGAGAGAACAGUUUCCUGCUGCUCUAGAUGGCUCCAGCUUGGAAGCGAUGCUGACAAUAUACCAGCUCCAAAAAGUCUGCCACAGCAGAGCCUUUCAGCACGGGGAGAUACUUCAACAGGAUGUUUUCAAUCAAGAGGAUUCAAACCAAGAUAUAAUGAAGAGAAAAACUCCUUAUAUCCUGAAACGGCAACUACAUGUUAACAAAGCCAGAAGACCGUACAUACUCAAGAGAAGUUCAUAUUACUGAUGCAGCAAAGACAGCAAUGUAUAUUUAGUUUGAGUAACUGUGCUUUAUGGUUCUUAUUUAAAUCUAAAAUCA